AUGCAAUACCCUUAUUACAGAAGCAAGAGCUAUUAUUUCUCAUCUUCACCAAGAGAACCUAGUAGAUAUCAAAACACCAGAGACUCUAAUAGUGUCAUAGGAGAUUGGCUAGCUAGAGAAGAAGCUCUGUUAGAGGGCAUGGAGGCAGAUAUCACUGAGGCAAUGUCUCCAACAAUAACAGCAGACCCUAUUCAGCUACAAUAUCCGUCUUUUCGUGCUGCUUGUCCAGAUGUAAGCAAUUAUCCGCAGGUACCACCACUAGCCAAUAAUGGAGGCCCUAGCAUCAAUGGAUUGAGACCCACGAGUGAAAUUCCUAAACCAUUUGAUUCCGUCUUCAACUUUGGUGUAUUUAAUAAGAUCCAAUCAAAGUGUCUUGACGAUGCUUUUUAUCAAAACGGCAAUCUGGUCAUUUCAGCUCCUACUGGCUCUGGAAAGACAGUUGUGAUGGAACUUGCAAUCAUCCGAACACUGCUACAUGGUGAAAUCAACUCUAAAAUCAUCUACAUGGCGCCCACCAAGAGUUUAUGCAGCGAAAGAGCAAAAGAUUGGCAGCUCAAAUUCAAGCCUCUGGGUAUCGAAUGUACAGAGUUUACAGGAGACACCCAAAAAAGCUCCAUUGCAGCUAUCCGAAAGACGACCAUCAUAAUCACCACACCUGAGAAAUGGGAUUCAAUGACUCGGCGCUGGAAUGACCACAAACAAUUGAUGAAGCUCAUUAAUUUGUUCUUGAUUGACGAAGUUCACAUACUAAAUGAGAAGCGGGGGGCAUGUUUGGAAGCAUGCGUGAGUAGGAUGCAAACAAUGGACAUCAAUUUACGCUACAUUGCAGUGUCAGCCACUGUGCCCAACUUGCAAGACAUUGCAACCUGGUUACAUGCUAAACCCAUCUCAUUUUCAGAAGAGUACCGCCCUAUCAUACUGGAGAGAUUCGUAUACGGAUAUCCCUACCAGGAGGGUAACAUGUUUCUGUUUGACCGUAAAUUGGAUUGGAAGUUGCUGGAAAUGAUUGAAAAGCAUAGUGACAACAAGCCCGUGUUGAUCUUCUGCUCUACUCGCAAAUCAACUGAACUAGCAUGUUCUACGAUAACAAAUUUGAUGGACAAGAAGCGAAUAACGACGUUAAACAAAUCGUUUGCCAUAGAUCAGAGCAAUAUUCAAUUCAAAAACAAGAAUUUGCUCAAGUUUGUUGCCAGAGGCAUUGCAUUUCAUCAUGCUGGAUUGGAUCCUGCUGAUCGCUUUCAAGUUGAAACCAAGUUUAUGAACAGAGAAAUUCGAGUCAUAGCUACUACAUCCACUUUGGCUGUGGGCGUCAACUUGCCAGCACAUCUGGUCAUUGUCAAAUCCACUCAAGCAGGCUAUCAAAACGGAAGUCUACAAGAAUACUCUGACAUUGAUCUCCUUCAAAUGAUGGGAAGAGCUGGUCGACCUGGAUUAGACACAUCUGGCUGUGCCGUCAUUCUCACUACCACCCAAAUGGAGCUUCGCUAUAAAUCCUUGGUCUCUGGCACCACCAAUCUGGAAAGCCGGCUUCACGAGAACCUGAUUGAACAUCUUGUUUCCGAGAUCUGUUUGGGCACCAUCACAAAUCAAAUUACCGCACUCAAAUGGCUCCAAUCCACGUUUCUCUAUGUGAGAUUACUCAAAAACCCAGAACAUUACAAACUGAAUCAAGACUCCAUCUCGUCAAACACCAUAUUACAAGAAAUUUGCGUUAAAGAUUUGGAGCUGUUGCAGUACCACAACCUUAUCCAGAAAUCGCCUACUGAUGCCACACUCAAGGCAACUCCCUUUGGCGUCGCCAUGGACGUAUAUUAUAUUCGAUUUCCUACCAUGGUGGGAUUGAUGGAGAGCGAGACGCCCACUUCUGUCAGAGACACGUUGGAACUUAUCAGCAAAUCACAUCAAGAAAUAGAAACCAUUCGACUCAAUCAGGGCGACAAGCAGUUUCUCAAUUCCAUUAGAACCCAUGACAGCGUCCGCUUUCCUCUGGACAAGAUAACGAGUGUAGCAGACAAGGUCUUCAUGAUGAUUCAAUGCGUGUUUGGGAACAUUUCUCUGAACAAUACCAAUGGUGGCAACACACUGCUCAACAUCGAAGCAUCAGCUAUUAUGAAGCAUUCAAGUCGCUUAACAAGAUGCUUAAUUGAUUGCAGUGUUCAUGAGCAGAACGCUGCUAAAUUGAAAUAUGCACUGGAGUUAUAUCAAUGCCUGCAAGCACGCAUGUGGUCCAAUUCACCUUAUAUUGCUCGUCAAUUGCCCGGUAUUGGAGCACAGUAUGCUAAAACCAUAGCUCAAGCCAACUUGAUCAACUUUGACCAAUUGAGAAAUUGCGAUCCUGGAAGAUUUGAGCAGCUGCUACAUCGCAACCCUCCAUUUGGCAUCAAGCUCUGUAAAGAAAUUUCCAUUUUACCCAAUCUGAGUCUAGGCAUACAUCAGUUGAUGAACAGUGGCUCUGAGACCAACCGAGAAACCGGCAAUGUAACUGUUACAAUACAUAUCGACAUUGAAUUGAAAAACACAGAUGUAGUUACUCGUACCAAGCAAGGCAAGAGCUGCUAUGUUCAGUUUUGGCUGGAGACCUCGGAGAACCGUCUGGUGGAUUUUCGUCGUACCUUAAUUUCCAACCUGCUUCAACAAAAAUGCGCCUUUGAUCUCAGAGUAAAAGUCGAAUCUUUAACCAGCACAAUCACUGGGCAUCUUCAAUGUGGAGAUUACGGUAGAAAAGAAUUCAAGCCAAAAGUGGAUCCUCGUAAAUUUAUCAACAUUGCCAGCGCUUCCAACAUGUCCAAACCACAUCUUACACCGGAAAUCAAUGAAAUUCUGGAGGAAAUGAUAGCGGGCGAUCCAAUGGACGUCGAAGAUGACGAUACUGAAAUGCAAGAGAUAUUUCAACCACCCAUUCAAGUACCCAUCAAGCCCACAUCGCCACCUCCACCACCAAAAGCUACAUCAAACCCAUUUACCAUGACUAUGCCAAUAGACUCUCAAACGGAUACAGACAUUGAAGAGAUGAGUGACAACAUCGAUAUUCAGGCUUACAACAGACUGUUCAAUGUUAUCAGUAACCAAGAAGGAGCAGGGCCCAGCACUUCAUUCGAGUCAAAGACGUUUCAAAAAGCGCAAAAACAGAAAGAGCCUGCUGUAGCUUUAAAAGAAAAGAAGAAGCCCAACAAGAAAAAGGCAGCAGCACCAUCCUUGGAACCAUGCAAGCACCAAUGCAAGCAGAAGGACAAAUGUCGCCACAAAUGCUGCAAACGAUCUCUAGUUACUGCCAAGGUUGAAAAAGACGACACACCUCCUCCCAUCAUUGGCACAAAAAGACCUAGUCCCGACAAUGAGAAUAAACAGCCAUCAAGCAAACGAAAGGCAAAUGCAUCGUCCCCGUCAGCAUUAUUAGCUCAACCUGCUGAACCAUCAGCCGCAACUACACUAGAGCCCAAAACUUCUCAAACGGAUCACUUUUCCCAUCCAUCUGAAAAAGAUGUAGAAAUGCUGGGAAGAUUGGAUAAUACUAUUAGCGAAGAGAAUGAGGCUAUUACUGAAGCACCAAUGGCAGUAGUAGCAUCAACACCUACCAUGGCAGAAACCAUCCUUGAUCAGUCGAUACUCGAUGAUAUUGACAGUGACAGUAUGGCUGGAGAUAUUAACACGGAAACUCUUUCUGGCCAUCCAAACACGGUUGCCUCUGUUAUUAGAUAUACUACAACGCAUGCAACGACUUGCGAUGAAUUAUGGGACGAAGUAGGAAGAUUAGCACAUCAGGCGUUCUCCAGCUUGAACAGACGCAGUGAAAACCACGAUGCUCAGGAGCCAGUUACCCAGCCAGAUCCUGCUAUUUCCCUUGAUCUCCCAACCCCCACCUUGAAAGAAUGGAUUACAGAGAAUGUCAUCCUUGUAUAA